AUGACUCAGACCACAGCAUGGUUCUUCGCAAUUGCCGAUAUACUCGCCACGUCUUCCCUCAUCUAUGCGCCCGACUCGCCCGCUGCCCAACUCUGCCGUCAUCGUCCAGCGUCCGUCGCAUCUCUGACCACACCACGAGUACGGUUCCUAGUCGGCGUUCUCAGUGCUAUUAUGGGUGGCGUCAUAAGGAAGAAAUGCUAUGAUGCCCUUGGCCGUUUGUUUACCUUCGAGAGGAGCAUUCUGCCGAAGCAUGAGCUUAUCCAGGACGGACCGUAUGCAUGGGUGCGGCAUCCGAGCUAUACUGGCAUGUACCUCUGUCUCAUAGGCCUCGUCGUCACGAUCUCCGCACCUGGUUCGUGGGCGCGCGAAUGUCGACUUCUUACAUGGCCCGGAGAUUCCCUCGCCACUCGUUGGUAUGACGUUCUCGGGUGGGUAUGGGCAGUGUUCUAUUCGCUGAACACGGUCUACGCGCUCUGGAGUAUGUGGGUAAGGGUCGGUUCAGAGGAUGCGGAGUUGAAGAAGAAUUUUGGCAAGGAGUGGGAGACGUAUAGGAUGAAGGUUAGAUGGGCGAUUAUUCCGGGCAUCUAUUGA